AUGAGUGAAUCUUUAUCAAGAGAAGAUAUCAUCUAUUAUGCUAAAUUGUCUGAGCAAGGCCAGAGGUAUGAUGACAUGAUAAGAUACAUUAAAAUGCUGGCCAAUGGAUAAGAAGCUUUAUCAAAUGAAGUGAGAAAUCUAGUGAGCGUAGCUUACAAAAAUAGUGUAGGAUCAAGAAGGACUGCUUUGAGAGUACUCUCAGCUAUUACUACAAAAGAUGAAGAAAAGGAACUUAUGGAAGUUUAUAGAUAAAAGAUUCAGGAUGAAAUUGAUAAUAUUGCUAAUGAGAUUCUAGGAAUUAUCGAUGAGAAACUCAUUCCUCAAGUUGAAGAUGACUAGGAAGCUCUAGUAUUAUACUCUAAAAUGAAAGGAGAUUACUACAGAUAUAUGGCCGAAUAUGCGAAAGGGGAAAAGAAGAUCGACCUUGUAGAAAAGUCUAAAAUUGCCUACGAGUAAGGAACUCAAUAGGCUGAAAAAUUGAAACCAACUAACCCAGUUAGACUUGGCUUAGCUCUCAGCAAUUCUAUUUUUAAUCAUGAAAUUAUACAGGACGAAUCUAAUGCGACAUUGAUUGCUAAAGUUGCCUAUGAUAGUGCGCUUAUAAACCUGGACUCUCUUGAGGAAGAUGAAUAUAGAGAUGCCACAAUCAUCAUGCAAUAUUUGAGAGAUCAAUUAAGUAUUUGGAGUACUGAUAUUGGAAAUGAUAAGUAAUUGUAGAAUGAGGGUUCUGAUCUAUGA